AUGAGAGGGAACACAUCGCAUCCUGGUGACACUCAAGCACAACCACGGGCAUCGCCGGACCGCGCGUAUUCGUCAGCAGAUGGUGGGGCCCCGAAGCCCCGCGAGAAGGCUCGACGCCGCAACAGAGUCAUUCACUCGUGCCUCGAAUGUCGCCGGAGGAAGCUCAAAUGUGAUCGAGGGAAUCCAUGCAAAAGCUGUCAAAACUUGGGCGAGGAAUGUCUCUAUGUCAGCAACGCAACCAGCGACGCCCAGUUUCGCCAGAGAUUGGUGCAGAUGAAAGAGGCAAAGGAUGAGAUUGACAGUAGCUUUCGAGAAACCCUUGGCACGCGCAGUCUCCAAUCAGGGAAGAGGGUGGCACGUCGCAAGCGUUCAAGGCACGCUGAAGACGAAAGCGAAGGGUCUGAUAGCUCAGUGCACGAGGAUUUUCUUGAGCCUACCCCGCUAGCAGUGCACGAUGCUGCAUAUGGUGACGAAGUAGACGACGAUAUUGAAGACCUGGGCUUUAGAAUUGGGCGGAUGCGUCUUGGGGAGAGAAUAGGAGGGCAUUAUCGGCCAAGAAUUGCAGAUGAGAUCAUGUCCUCUCUUCAAAAUCUCUCAAAGCGAAGCACUCCAUCAGUCCCCCCAAUUGUGCCUUCUAUCCCAGCCAACGAGAACUUCAAGCCUGGACCAUCCUUUACGGCGGUUUCGCUCGACUUCGCCUUCGGCCAGCCUCUUGCACAAGACUCUUUGUUGAAAUACAUUCCUCCACGCAACAUCGCAGACAAACUGCUCCAAAGAUACUGGGACGCUGUUCAUCCCGUGGCGCGAGUCCUUCACAGACCUUCAUUUGCACAUCGUUAUCAAACUCUUUGGGAAGCUGUUGAGAAUGAGUAUCUAGUCGUACCGUCAGUUUUAGCACUGGUUUGUGCUGUCUUAUUCUCGGCAGUGGUCAGCAUGUCUGAGGCAGAAGUUCUGGAAUCCUGUCGAGUUGACCGGGGGGAGCUGAAAAAUCAGCUGAAGUUGGGGGUGGAAAGUUCACUCGCAAAAGCUCAGCUGCUCAAAUCGACAAAAUUUGAGACACUGCAGGCAUUUGUGACUUACUUGCUGUCAAUGUGUGUAGACGAGAUCUCCCGUGCGCAUACAGUAUUGACCGGCAUGGCGAUCCGAAUCGCAGAAUGCAUGGGACUUCAUCGUGAUCCCAGUGAAUAUAGCUUCUCGCCGAUCGAAUGUCACGUCCGCCGACUCGUUUGGUAUCAAAUUUGCUACCUAGAUCUCAAGACAAGCGAGAUCCAGGGGCCCCGACCUUACAUCUCUAAUGAUGGUUAUACGACACAGCUUCCGAUCGACGUUUCGACGGCAAGGUCACCCCAGUCUCCAAGUUCCCCAGCAACGUGGAACGAUCUAAUAUUCUCAUCGAUACGAUUUGAAUGUCAAGAAAUGCAGCGAGAGUGCCUGGUCAUGCGGAACCGCGUUGAUCGGAAGAAGCUCAGCCUGACCAAAGCCAUUUCAAAAAUUGAAGAUUUUCGUCUUUCGAUGGAUGCAAAAUAUGGGUCGUACCUUAAUACAGCGACUCCAGGCCCAGUGCAAAGGAUGGCGCACUUGGUGAUGAAGCUUUUCACCGGCCAUCUUUACCUAAUCAUGCUACACAGGCACCUCAACUCAGUGACCUACAGAAUUCCUGAUAGGCUACGUCAGAUCAUAUUGACAAAAGGCACGGAUGCACUCGAAGCCGCGGUGGAACUUGAAUCAGCCGAUGACCUAAAGCCAUGGGCCUGGUAUUUUGGCGCCUACCACCAGUAUCACACUGCUUUCCUCCUGCUUGUCGAGGUCUUCACUUAUCCAAUGCGACGAGAGGCCAAUCGCCUUUGGCAAUGCUUCGAUUUCAUUUUCGGCGAGGCGUUGGCAAAUGUACCGCCCUUGCAGACAAACAACCCAACACUUCAAGAUAUCAUCGCGCAUCGGGAUAUAAAGGCCAGGUACCUAUUGACCAUGGUGUGUGUGCGAAUGCAAGAGUACCGGAAAGCCAAGGGGUUGAAGGACCCCGUGCAAUUCAAUGACUCGAUGAUAGUCCUCACACCUCAAAAGGACGGCGACAGUUCAGAUCCCCGCAUGCCUCUUAACUUCGCCCACGGGGAACCAAUACCACAACCCGAAAGCCACACCCAGAGCGCUCCAGUCAAUGUCGCCGUUUCCACCGAGGAUAUGCACACCGGAACGGCCCUUCUCCUUCCGACUUUAACAAUAGAGAGUGACUUUGUUCCCGCAGAGUUCCCAUCGGCGAUAGAGAAUACGGCUAGUGCGUGGGCCUCUUCAUCAGAGAGUUUCUCUCCUUGGGUACAAUAUGGUGAAUCGGACCCCGACGGCGAUAAUUAUCCUAGGCUACAGCCGACUUACCCCCAAAGCUAUGCUGCAAGCGCCACGACCGAGAGUUUGUCUACCUCACAGUAUGAUGUGCGCCCCGGAAUGGCGGAAAUUGAUACGCAAAUGCUGGAAAUUGACUGGAACCUCUGGGAUAGUAUCUUCCCCCCUCAAAUUAAUGAUGGCAAUCUGGAUGUUUCAGACGAUUAUAUGUGGCAGUCAUAUGGCGCUUACCAACCCCCUUUUUAA